CUUCACUUCCAUGCCCUGCCGAGUCCAGCCCUCUAUAAUCUUCAUCGUCUGUCACAGACACAAAAUUGGCUUCUCUGACCCCAACUGCCUUGAUUGAAGUUUUUGUUUGUUGGAACUUUGGAAGACUUACAGUUUCCGAAUUCUUCCCAAUCCAACAAACCAAUUAUGUCUUCUCACUUAUUCUCAAACCCUAAUUUAUCCACGCCCUUCCUCCCUCAUAAAUUUUCUGGUCAUCAAAGUGUGGCCAAAGCGACCCCGUUUUGCACCAUUUCUAGAAGCCCUCAAGCUCCUCGUUGUGCUGUAGAUACAUCCUAUGGAGGUAACAUCCCAACCUUUCCUCGAAUGAAUGUUUGGGAUCCUUAUAAAUGCCUUGGUGUAAGCCCUUAUGCUUCCGAGGAAGAAAUUUGGGGAUCACGCAAUUUUCUACUGCAACAAUAUGCUGGACAUGAGAGAAGUGAAGAAUCAAUAGAAGCUGCUUUUGAGAAAUUACUGAUGACCAGCUUCAGACUAAGGAAGAAAACCAAAAUUAAUUUGAAAAGCAAGCUAAAGAAGCAAGUCGAGGAGUCUCCACCCUGGGUUAAGAACUUACUCAAUUUUGUGGAGCUUCCUCCUAUGGAAGUUAUUUUCAGAAGAUUAUUCCUUUUUGCAUUUAUGGGUGGCUGGAGUAUCAUGAAUUCUGCUGAAGGUGGACCUGCUUUCCAGGUAGCUGUCUCUCUGGCCGCUUGCAUGUACUUCCUUAAUGAGAAGACAAAGAGCUUGGCUAGAGCGUCGAUCAUCGGAUUUGGAGCUCUUGCGAGUGGGUGGAUUUGUGGUUCCAUCUUUGUCCCUAUGAUUCCAACAGUGCUAAUUCAUCCUACUUGGACACUGGAGCUUCUAACAUCACUAGUAGCGUAUGUUUUCUUGUUUCUUGGCUGUACUUUUCUCAAAUAAAAAGGCUGCAACUUACUAUGUUAACUCUAAAGAACUGAACCAGAACCCUCAGUUUCCAUUGCCAUCGAACUUUGAGGCAUCCACCUUUUUUGUGUUCUGGCUUUUCUUCUUACAGUGUAGUGAAGCCUGACAAUGCAUACCACAGUUUAUUGAACUAUUUUCUUAACAGAGCUUCUAUGAAUUUGGACAGUUCUUUUGGUUGAACUAUGUUGCCGGCAUCUGAAAUCCUCAAGUUGUAAAUUCUUGUUACUUACACUCCUAAAUAAACAAAAUUAGAUCA